UUGAUAUGAUAUGUGGAGAUUGUGACUUGCAUAGACGAUGAUGAAAGGGAUAGGUCAUAUUGUUAAUUGGCUCGCAGGGUUAUUAUAGUAGAAGGACGGUGAGCAGAGAAUGAUUAUUCCGAACAAAUGUUUUAAUGACAUGUUCGGUCUUUAUGUUCAUAGCUAGGGGUGUGUGUGUGUUUUGUAUGCCUGCGCAACCUUACCCCUCCCCCCCAGGCAAAUCCUAGCUAGGCUAUUGGACUUUCUAAUACUUUAUCCGAAAAUCUAUGCUAUUCUAGCUUUGGUCAUGAUUUUUUUUAAAAUCGUCUUGGUACAUGGACUUAUUUCUGAAAAUAAUGAUAAUUUUUAGUACCACUGAAGGUCUUUUCGAUCGAGUAUUAUUGAACUUCAUGUAUUCUGUCGAAGAAAAGUGCAACGAUUAGCAGUAGAAAGCGAAGAGCCUCGGAAGGGAGCUAACAGUUUACAAGGAUAUAAGUGACUCUUCGCAGUCUCCGCUAUUUUGUCUCUAAGCUUGGCUUGUUCAGUAAACUAAAAGGCUCUGGGACCGGGGAAAACCCUUUGCUAGGAAGACUCUAAAACCCCCGAAAGCACACACCUACAGUACAACAUUAUAUUUUAAGGUGACUCUGGUUCAUGGAAUGCUGACCAGCACGGGGACUGACCGAGCCGGAUGAGGUGAUUCCGGGAUGACAAACUUACUAGUAUACUGUGCUGUUUUCUGAACUCACACAGUAGGGUAUUUACCCGUGUUACCAACGAUAAACAGCUUUUCUUUUCUGCGUGUUUCCUAGGAAGCUUGGGGAGAGGUGCCCGCUGGCAAGCUAGACAGCGUCUUUUGUAAAACGUUAUUGUAUCAAAUGAGUCAUUUGGGUGACGUUGGGUUGUACUUGUGAAAUUGCAUACCAUAUAUUUUAGUAUGUGGAACAAUAAGCUAAGCACUCAAUGCGAUCGAACUCCAACAAAAAUGCCCAAGCCUAGACUCGAGAACACAGUUCCUCUGGGAGGAGGCCCCUAAUCUGAACCAUUUUGAAAAUAAAACCGUAUUUGGUAAAAGGCUAAUCAUGAUCAUCAGUGCAUUUGUAGUCACAAUGGUGAUGAGAUAGAAACCCGGCGAUGUUCACUCGCUUGUGUUUUAACCCGCCCCCAAAGUACGUACUUUUUCCUCGCUAAUUCCUCUAGCGAUUUGAAGGCCUGUAUUAGGGCGUCAUUUUUGUUUUCUCCGCUUUUACAGUAUUCCUUCUUACCUCCUAAGAGAGACCUUCAAACGCUUUCUAAACACUAAAAUAUUUAAAGAGCUUAACACACGAGCUUUACGAUUUGUUUUCUGUCCACAAAAAGCGACCACGCGCAAAUCUUGGGUUUCCGGAAUCGCUUCGGAUAAAGGCAGGGUUGACGUCACACGUAAAAUAGGGCCCUUGACCAACCGUGAAAAUAUGUAAUAUUGACCGCGUUUCGUUAUCGGUAAAACAUCUUCGUUUACAUCCGUGUUUUGUUCUUGUACCCGAAAUAUUUGAUACAUUUUUCUUCAACAAAAAAACCCUGAGAAAUUCCUAGGAGAUAAAUUAAAGAAAACAGAUUUUCUCUCCUUUCUUCUCUAUUAGAGUCGUGUUUGGGCCAUCUUGUUCUCCCAGAACAGUUUUCUCUCAGCAUGUGUAAGUGAUUUCAAGUAGGGUCAGUUCGGAUAUAUCAUUUACAGUUAGUGCGCAUUUUAUUACUUGGGCGAGGUUCUAACUUCCGAAACCGGAACAAAACCACACAAGUCAUGCAGACAUCAAUCCUCCAAGCGGUCAUUUCAAAACGUCGAGUGAAUUCUUAAAAAAUUCGAAUCUUUUUUAUUAGCUUCAUUUCAAACCCCAGAAAUAGAUGUUUAAUCCUUGUUACUCAGAGGUCAAAAACUUUAAUCGACAAAUAAUAACUUUGGGUCACUUGUUUGAUUACUCUUUCAUGAAAAAAAUGAUCCCGAAUUAUCAUCUGUGGUUAGGUGGAUAGGUGUUCCGGUAAGUGAACAAUUCGAUUAUGAAUAGUUUGCGUCGAACUGUCAACAGAACAAUCUAUCUUGAUUUAGCUAUACUCAUAGCAAAACGUGUUUUGUUUCAUUUGACAUAUGGCCUCAACCGGGCAAACGUUCUCUCAUUAUUCCAUGGCAUCGUGAAAUUGCAAGUCCGGCGAAAACAAGUUGCUUGAUCAAACUCGAGCCGUUUAAAGAUAACUUAAAUGAGAAAUCAAAGCUAGUGGUAAAUAGGGUCGCGUCUGGUUGGAAAUGCUAUUGUUAGCGUUGGAGUCGUUUGAGGGAUUUAGUAAAACUCGCCGUGUGUCGUACUGGAAGAACACUGCCCGCCGCUCUACCUUCACUUUACGACGAACUCGGAAAAUAGCAUCCGUUGAAUCCCUUGAGGAUUUCUGCGAUGACGACGAGGACGAUGGUCUUUUGGAGGAGGACGAGGACGAGCUUGAUGAGGACCAGGACUUCACGGACGACAAAGUCGAGCGGAUGGACUCGGGCGAGAAACGCGAAAUUGUCGACAAAUCUAAACAGAAGGCGGAUGAGCUGGACCGAUCGCUGAUUGGUUUGGAACAUGGCGUGGAUCUCACGUUGCAGCGCUGUAAGAUUUGGUCCAAGUACGCUAAAGACAUCGCCACCUACCUAGAGAGAAGGGCGCAUUUAGAGCUGGAGUUCACCAACAAGUUAUCGAAGCUGGCUCAGACAACUCGUGCAGCGAUAACAGAAGAGCGUUUCCUGCCCUUUCAAUCCAUAUUUGUCACCGCCCUUGAUCAAGACAUCGAGUACUCUGAGAAGUGCGCCAAGACCUACAGCUCGCUCCUUUCCACCAAGUUCCUCGAGCCGUUACAAGCAAGGAGAAAUCGCCAUGAGCAUACCAGAAAAGACCUGAAAGAUAACUGGACGAAAGCGUAUAAGAAAUUGAAUGAAGCGAUCACUAAGUUGGAGAAGGCGAAGCAGACGUACAUCCAGCGGAAUCAAGAAUUAGACAAGUCCAAGCAACUUCUUGACGCCAAAGAUGGCCAAGAGCCGUCCGCUUCCUAUACCCGAACCACCAAGAAGAAGCAGGAUGAUGCUCGCAAGGCGGAGGAGGCAGAAGAGUUUUACAAUCAAUGCGUCAGUGAGGCUACCGUUAGGCAACACGAACUGGAAAAGACGAAAUCGCACGUGCUGCUUGAGCUCAGACAAUUGGUCUACCAAUGCGAUAUGACCAUGAAAGCGGUCACGUGUAACUAUUUCCAAAUGAUGAAUGACUUGGCCGCCCCCGCCCCAGUCCGCUUCCAGAUCCUGGCGGAGAGCAGCAGAGCGUACGAGCCUGGGACCCAGUUCUCGGACUUUGUCCAGGAACAGAUGGCGAUAUCACAGCCCACAAUUGAGAGAGUGUUCGUGUUCGAGCCUUAUUCACCGGGCAACACCGUGUCAAGUACCCAAGACCGCCUGACAACCCACCACACCCGGCACGCUAGCCUUCACUCCCCGGGUGACGAGUCCGGACGCACCUCUCCCUUCUCCACACGCCGGCACCGCAGCCUUCAGAUCGGCCAGCACUCGGGUAGUUCCACCCUGCCCGUCAAGGCGUGGAGUAACAAGGAGCAUCUCAGCGACGUGGAGAGUAACGGAAGCAAGUCGGCUCCUGCGUCGCCAACAGGCAGUCCUGUUACCGGCAGACGAAAUAAAGCCGAGCAGAGCACGGGACUGAACAUGGAGUCGUCGGACGAGGAGUCGGGAAACGAGAGUGACGAGAAAGAAGCACCUGUGCCGUCCCCGUCAAGAAGACCAAAUAAAUCCGGCAAGUCCAACCGGGCAGGGUCCGGUCCAUUCCGUGAUUGCCGCAUGUCAAGUGGGGCGCUGACUCACCAAUUCAAGAAGCUUCGCGCGCCUUCAAGAUGCCGCGACUGUGACAGCUAUGUGUACUUUAACGGCGCUGAGUGUGAGCAGUGCGGGCUCACUUGCCACAAGAGAUGCCUUGCGCGCCUCACCAACAAGUGCAGCUACAAGGGGGCUGGAACUGAGAACCAGCUCACGGAUUAUAAUCGCACUCGUCGCAUGACCACAUUUGGGGUGGAUUUCUACCACCAUCUCUUGGCGACGGAUAAACAGGGCGAAUGCGUCCCUUACAUCGUGUCCUCGUGUAUCAAGGAGAUUAACAACAGAGGUCUACACGUAAAGGGUAUUUACCGAGUGUCAGGCGUCAAGUCUAGAGUGGAGAAACUCUGUCAGGCGUUUGAAAAUGGUGCGGAGCUUGUGGACCUAAGCACCGUGCCGCCACACGUCAUCGCAGCCGUGCUCAAGCUCUACUUAAGACAGUUGCCUGAACCACUUCUUACCUUCAAGUUAUAUCCAGAAUUCAUCAAGCUCGCUAAGGAGAGCUUCAACACAAUAGAUAACUUGACGUCUUGCAAGAAUGCUUCGCAGGACGAGUCCAUCCGAGAGGACUACGUAGAGCUGGUGCAGAAACUUCGGCACGCCGUCGUCAAACUUCCGAAAGCGAACUUCAAGACUGCUGCUAAGAUCAUCGAGCAUUUACAUCUGGUAGCAGCGAACGAAGACGAGAACUCCAUGUCGGGCAGCAACCUCGGCAUCGUGUUCGGACCAACUCUCCUGCGACCUCGUGAGUCGGCUUCAUCUGAUUCCGUGAACAUGUCGGCACUGAUGGACAUGCCGCUACAGACCCGAACAGUAGAGCUCCUCAUCACCAACAUACAGGUGUUCGACCCUCCAGGAGAAGAUGAUCCAGCGUCGCAAGAAACCCCAGUGGAGGACAUUUCGGGUUCAGAACGUGCGAAAAGCGAUUCCACAACAAGUCCAGGCGUGAUAAGCGUUAUCAAGGGAAAAGAAACUAAAGGUCCUCCAAUCGAAACAGUUCUGACCACUGAAGAUGGAAACUCUUGGUUUGGCCUAGCCGUUUCUUCACGCAUGCGUAAAUUUAGCUCACCCGCUGCUCUUCCUCGUGAUUUUAAUAUCCCGGGCUCACCGCAUGACCCUACCGUGGAAGAGCUCCCCGAUCAUUUCAAACCAGUUAAACCAGAUAAUCCAGUUCCUGAGAAUGUUGCCAAUAAACUUGGUAACGCAAGCACUCGGCCUGGUCCCCAAUCGACACGCAAGCCCGAAAAAAUCAGUCUCGGAUUUGGAAACGACUUCUUCGACUUACUGGAGAAAUCAAACGAGCGUGAAAAGGAGACGGAAGAAGCCUGCCCCUUCACUAUGCCCGAGUUCCUUCUACCCGGUAGCAUGGAGAAGGGAGCUGGUGACGAGUCCGAUAUUGAUGACGUCGAUGAGAAUAAAAACACUCACGGUACUAGUGGGCCCCAGACCCCGGAGGCCGAGCUACAUCGUAAUAGCCUGGAACGGGAUACACUAAAUCCAAUGGAUUUUUUAGGGAGCAAACCAGUUUCCCCGCCUGGUCGGGUCUCUCCCGAGGGGUCACCGAGAAGUGGAUCCCCCUCUCCGAACGCGACUCUCGACCUUUCCGACCUAUCCCGAAGAACUUCGCUUUACUCGACAACUACGGUCAGCUUCGGCUCCGACCUACAGGACACCGAAUCUUUACUGCCGGACUUGUCCGAUAAGUUGUCCGAGAAAAAGUCUUUUGAGUCCUUUGAGGUUGAGACACAGAGUGAAACGCAUAGAAUUCAGAAAAAGACUGUAGACGAUGCUGCGAUCCCGAACAGGCCCAAGAGGCCGCAAAAUCUCGGAUUGUUUAAAAGGAAUUCUGAUCUCCCUGGCAUGAUUUCCCGUGGCGGGUUCUUUCCUCUUGGUGUGAAGAACUUUGGCAGUGAGCCAGACGUGGCCCAAAAGGGAUCUGAGAAAAAGGUGGGGCUUUUCUCCAGUAAAAAAUACCCGGCCCCUGUACCUCCCGCACCGGAACACGAUAAAAUGGAGAAAACGAACACUGGGUCUAAAAGUGGCGGCGGCUCACCUUUAGCUGUCACCGCUCCUACAUUUCCGGUCGACUUAAGCUCGAGUGGAACAGAAUCACAAAAGGCGACUUUGGCUGCUAAAAGCCUUGCUGAAUCAGAGGAGCCUACGGAACUUGAAUCGAAAAGGAUCGAAGCUAAACCAAAACAAUCUGACGAAGCCGUUAAUGAGAAUGGUGAGUCAUGUUUUGAGUCGAAGGAAAUUCCUCCACCAUCCCCGGAUGAUGACGUCAUCGAUGGAAUCGCACCUGGACCUGGAACCAAGUCACGUGACAAGCAGGUACAGAUAAGAGGCAGCGCUGAGGACAAGAUCGCAAAAUCUGGAAAACUCAAGCAGGGUCCCCCUGUCCUGGAAAAGAAGAAGUACCCCAGGCGGAAUGCUGAGCGAAUGGUCUCCCCCGACUCCGAGUCAAAAGCAAACGGGCUCAGUAGGCUUGGUGAGGGGCUAAUGGUUAAUUCACGACCCUUAAAAGAGUCCUUACUACAUGAGUCAGCGGUGGGUACUUUGUCGGAUCCACCGGAAGAGUCCGAACGGACGGACGAAAACAAUCGUUUGUCGCACCGGGUAUCCGUCAAAGAUCGACGAAAACAGUACGAGCAGCCUUCGGGACCCAACGAGCUCAAUCGGAAAUCCGCCGCUUCAGAAAUCGGAAGCUCCGAGGUUGCUUCUCGGAAACAGACGUUCGAGGAAUCGGGAAGGAACACCAGGCGGGAUUCGUACAAGAGAUUAAAUGAUUUGACCAAGAAGGCUCGGAGCAGCACUGGUCUAGACGGAAGUAGUGGCACUGACACCGGAAGCGAUAGUGAUAGUCGUAAAGGACUUGUGAUUGGUCGAAACCUAAGCGAACAAAACGAAAAGUUGGACUUGAGUGCCCAACGGAGGGAAAAAGUUGAAUCAUCGGAGCGACCUCGAAGUCUCGUCUUGGAACCGCUACGCCUUGAGAAAAUCGAAACACCGAAACAUGAAAAACAUAAAACAGCGCACAGUCUUCCUAGCAAACAUUCGGACGAUAUUCCUACUUUUACCGCGAGAAAAGUCGAUAUUCCGCUUGACAGCCCUGAACCGGUACCGAACGAGCCGGAUGAGGCUACCGAACAUCUAAAGAAACCAGUUGAUAAAAGUUCGGGCUCGGCGAAUAGUUUACGGAGCUCGCCGAAGCCGUCUCGAUCAACUCGACCCCAUUUUCCAGAAAAAAAAAGUCGCGAAGAAAGAGAGCCGCAAUUUGUAUAAAACAAUGUACAGAAUAUUUUAAAAAAUAGUGAUUAUUUUAAUCAAAACGAUUUUUAGUUUUACAAAGGGGCAGUUUUAAAUUUUAUUUGGGCCCAUCAAUUUUUAAUGUCUCAGGCUCAUAGCUUGACAAAGCAUAUUCAUACAAAUGACAUACUCAUAAAAUAAAUAUAAAUAUAAAUUUAGCCAUA